ACCCUAGCCCAAAAUUUUGGCCACAAAAAAGAAGUUGGAAUGAAAUAAAUCAAAUUGGCGCCCAAUUCCUUGUUCCAAAAAUCUUUCCCAAAAACUUCGAAAAAUGUCCCGCCUUUAAAUCCAAUUUCUCUGCAAUUAAUACAACACAUUUCUCCAAAACCCCAUUUCAUCUUCUUUCUGAAUCAUUCUCUCUCCUCAACUUUCUCUCCUACAACCCCACUUAGCUUUUUGCAGAGGGAUUUUAAUGGCGGUACCUUCUAGUCCUGUAGCUGCUGCUGCUGCUUCUGAGAAGAAGAAGAAGAAAGAGGAGAAGACGAAGGUCGUCAACAAUCAAGUAGUGGAGACGACAAUGGAGACCCAGAAAGCUGAAGAUCUGAAUCAACCUAAGCGUAGUAAAGAUCCUGGUGUUCGAGUUGUUGGUGGUAGAAUUUAUGAUUCUCAAAAUGGCAAGACCUGUCAUCAGUGCCGUCAAAAAACAAUGGACUUCACUGCAGGAUGCAAGAACAUGAAGGGAGAUAAGCAAUGUCCAGUCAAGUUCUGCCACAAGUGCCUCCUGAAUAGGUAUGGAGAGAAUGCAGAAGAGAUGGCAACUCUUGAUAACUGGAAUUGUCCUAAGUGCAGAGAUAUAUGUAACUGCAGUUUUUGCAGGAAGAAAAAAGGCCACAAGCCCACUGGUAUUCUUGCCCAUACAGCAAAAGCAACUGGGUUUUCCUCAGUUUCAGAGUUAUUGAUUGUCAAGGGUCAUGAUGUGUGUCAGGAGCGGAUUGUCAAAUGCAAGGCAACUUCCUCUAAGAAAUCAGCAGCUUCAACUGAGGGGACGAAACAAGGGAAGGAAAAUUCUUUUGAUGGAUCGUGUACUACAACCUUAAAUUCUCAAUCUCCACCCUCAAGUCCUAAUGAUAAGAAGGCAAAAAAAGCCAAGCAGGAGGGAGUGGUGGAAGGGCUCAAGGAGAGGGUUGAAGUUGCUGAAGAUAAUGGUGCUGUGAGUAGCCCCAGAAAAACUACUGAUAUUGCCCUAAGAAGAAGUCCGAGAAAAUUCAACAUCCCCCAACAAGUCAUCAAAAAGGAAGAGAUGGAUGGUAAUGAUGACAAGCAUAAUGUGAGAAGAAGUCCUAGGAAAUUCAAUGCCCCUCAGGAAGUUACUAAAACAGAUGAGAAGAUGAGUGAUAAUACUUGUAAGAAAGAAACAAUGAAAGUUAAAAAGGCCAAAGAUCAAGCAGAGCCAAAGGUGAAGUCUCGCAAACGCCAGAAAGAAACAGAUACUGAUCAUAUUGCUGUGGAAGUUAUCUUGCCCCCACUUCCCCCAGGCAGCUUGUUGACCAAUGUGGCUGGGAUUGACUUGCUUCCUGAUGAUGCUGGACAUGCUUUGCAAUUUUUGGAAUUCUGCUCUUCUUUUGGUGAGGUUCUGAACAUUAGGAAAGGACAUCCUGAAUCUGUACUGAGAGAUAUAGUGUGCGGACGGAGUAGGCGCAAGGGAAAAUGCUCUUCUACUGUCCAGUUUCUUAUCCAGUUAUCGUCUUUUGUUCUGGAGGAAAUGGAUGAAGAGAAAGAGGAAGAGGAAGACGAAGAAUCUCUUUCCUUAAGCCCUGGUAAUGACAAAGAUUCUUGGAUACAUUCCCUAAAAAGAUGCCUCUCUGAAUCUGAGCUUGAAUUGGAGGACUUCCCUGAGGAUUGCUUGGACAAAGGAUGUGAUGGGUAUGAGAUGUUGGAAUCCUCACAAAAACUCAGACUUCUAACUUUUCUUUGUGAUGAGUCACUUUCUACCAAAAAAAUGAGGACUUGGAUAGAUGAACAAAAGAUGAAGUUUGUUGAAAGAGAGAAGGAAGCAAAAGAAAGUAUAAAUGCAGCUAGGGAAAAGGAAAGGGAGGCAAAGCGCAAGCUGCAGGAGAAAAUUGCUACAGCAGUGCUUGCAAAAAAUGGUGUACCUCUUACUAUCUCUGAACAUGAUACUAUCAUUUCAAAGAUAAAAGAAGAAACUGAGCUUGCACGUGCAGAGUUGCUGGAAGCCAUGGACUCAAUGCCUAAAAAGAGACGAAGAUCAGAUGCUGUAAGGACAGAUUCAGUCUUUUUAGAUGACAGUGGCCAUGCUUUUUGGAGGCUUACAUGUUAUGGUGAUUCAAACUUACUUCUUCAAGAAGUGGGAAGUCCAGAACAAAUCGACUUCAAAGACAAGUGGUUUAGUUAUAAUGCUGAAGAGAUAGAGCUCGUUGAAAAAUAUAUUUCUUCUAUAAGACUUAAUAGAUACAAGCGCGUUAAGCUUGUUGAUAAAACAAGGGUGAAGAGUGAUUCUGAAAUUGAAGUAGAAUCAAGUUCCAAUGAUGAUACUCCACCUGUGACUCAGCAGGUAGUUGAUCAAAGAUGAUUCUGGAAGACUUGUUAUUUGCUUCUUAGUCUCGAUAGCUUAUCAAAGAUGAUACUGGGAUGAUUCUGGAAGAGUUAUUAUUUUGCUUCUUAGUCUCGAUAGCUUAUCAAAGAUGAUCCUGGGAUGAUUCUGGAAGACUUCUUAUUUUGCUUCUUAGUCUCGAUAGCUUAUCAAAGAUGAUCCUGGGAUGAUUCUGGAAGACUUGUUAUUUUGCUUCUUAGUCUCGAUAGCUUAUCAAAGAUGAUCCUGGGAUGAUUCUGGAAGACAUUAUUUUGCUUCUUAGUCUUGAUAGCUGAUCAAAGAUGAUAUCCUGAGAUGAUUCUAAAAGAUUUGUUAUUUUGAUUCUUGCUUUCUUAGUCUCAAUGCUAGAGUAGUACAGUUUUAGGACUUUGUUAGACUUCAUAUAUGCUUGUAGCAAAAUAGCACAGCCAUUUUUAGUGUAGGCUUUUGUGAGGCUAAGAACCCUAGUUGGGCAGGAAGAUUUUCCAACUAUUUGUAUGUAAUUGCUUCCAAAACUCGUAACAUGAAUCAACUUUCAGAUGUUUCAAUAUAUCUCCUUUGUUAUCAUGUCU